AGCGCGGGAACAGCCGACGGACGGCCGGCGGCGGGAAGGUGAGGACCUGGGCUGGCUGCCCUCACCCCCAGGUGUGCAUAAGCAGGAAGCUGGUCAGAAGUGGAGCAAGGACUUGAACCCAGGGACUCUGAUCUGGGAUGUCUAGAAAACACUACAGAUCUAGCUUUGGAGAAUACACACAGCCCAAGGAAGGGAGACAAAGUGACUAUGUUCAGAGUACCUUCUUAUCCCAUAACUUCAGUGUCUUGAAAUCUGAGGAUUCCACCAAGAUAAUAUGAUAAGAACUUUCAGUGGUUUGGGGCCACAUCCUACUUAGGCUAAUGUGGGACUUUGCUUUCCUGAGAGCCUAGUACAGCGGCACACACUGCUUGCUAAUUGGAUAGGCAGUCAUGCCAUCGCUGCCUCAAGAUGGAGUUAUUCAGGGGUCCUCUCCCCUGGAUCUGAAUACAGAAUUACCUUAUCAAAGCACAAUGAAAAGGAAAGUCGGAAAGAAGAAAAAGAAGGGGAUCAUCACAGCAAAUGUUGCUGGGACAAAGUUUGAAAUUGUUCGUUUAGUAAUAGAUGAAAUGGGAUUUAUGAAAACUCCAGAUGAAGAUGAAACGAGUAACCUUAUAUGGUGUGACUCUGCUGUUCAGCAGGAGAAGAUUGCAGAGCUGCAGAAUUAUCAGAGGAUCAACCAUUUUCCAGGAAUGGGGGAGAUCUGUAGGAAGGAUUUCUUAGCAAGAAAUAUGACCAAAAUGAUCAAGUCUCGGCCUCUGGAUUAUACAUUUGUUCCCCGAACAUGGAUCUUCCCUGCUGAAUAUACUCAGUUCCAGAACUAUGUGAAAGAAUUGAAGAAAAAACGGAAGCAGAAAACUUUUAUAGUAAAACCAGCUAAUGGUGCAAUGGGUCAUGGGAUAUCUUUAAUAAGAAAUGGUGACAAACUUCCAUCUCAGGAUCAUUUGAUUGUGCAAGAAUAUAUUGAAAAGCCUUUCCUAAUGGAAGGUUACAAGUUUGAUUUACGGAUAUAUAUUCUGAUAACAUCAUGUGAUCCAUUAAAAAUAUUUCUCUACCAUGAUGGGCUUGUACGCAUGGGGACAGAGAAGUAUAUCCCACCUAAUGAGUCCAAUUUGACCCAGUUAUACAUGCAUCUGACAAACUACUCCGUGAACAAGCAUAAUGAGCAUUUUGAACGGGAUGAAACCGAAAACAAAGGCAGCAAACGUUCCAUCAAAUGGUUUACAGAAUUCCUACAAGCAAAUCAACACGACGUUGCUAAGUUUUGGAGUGACAUUUCAGAAUUGGUGGUGAAGACUCUGAUUGUGGCAGAACCGCAUGUCCUGCAUGCGUAUCGAAUGUGCAGACCUGGCCAACCUCCAGGAAGUGAGAGUGUCUGCUUUGAAGUCCUGGGAUUUGAUAUUUUGUUGGAUAGAAAACUAAAGCCAUGGCUUCUGGAGAUUAACCGAGCCCCAAGCUUUGGAACUGAUCAGAAAAUAGACUAUGACGUAAAGAGAGGAGUGCUGCUGAACGCGCUGAAGCUGCUGAACAUCAGGACCAGUGAUAAAAGGAGAAACUUGGCUAAACAAAAAGCUGAGGCUCAAAGGAGGCUUUAUGGUCAAAAUUCCAUAAAAAGGCUCUUACCAGGUUCCUCAGACUGGGAACAGCAGAGACACCAGUUGGAGAGGCGGAAGGAGGAAUUGAAAGAAAGACUUGCGCAAGUACGAAAGCAGGUCUCAAGAGAAGAACAUGAAAAUCGCCAUAUGGGGAAUUAUAGACGGAUUUAUCCUCCUGAUGAUAAAACACUGCUUGAAAAGUAUGAAAACUUGUUGGCUGCUGCCUUCCAGACCUUUCUUUCAGGAAGAGCAGCUUCCUUCCAGAGAGAAUUAAAUAAUCCUUUGAAAAGGAUGAAGGAGGAAGACAUUUUGGAUCUUCUGGAACAAUGUGAAAUUGAUGAUGAAAAGUUGAUGGGAAAAACUACCAAGCCUCGAGGACCAAAGCCGCUGUGUUCUAUGCCCGAGAGCACUGAAAUAAUGAAAAGACAGAAGCACUACAGCAGUGACAGCAGUUAUGAAAGUAGCAGCAGCUCUUCAGAAUCUGAUGACAAUGAAAAAGAAGAGUAUGAAAAUAAAAAAGGAGACAAACAAGUUACAUAUAAUCUUAAACCCUCCAACCAAUGCAAAUUGAUUCAACAAUCCAAUUCCAUGAGGCGUUCCGUCAGCUGUCCUCGGUCCAUCUCUACGCAGUCACCUACCAGUGCGGACAGCCGCCCCUUUUCUGCUCAGCAAGUGAUAUCCGUAUCACGGCCAACUUCCGCAUCCAGGUCACAUUCCCUGAACCGUGCUUCCUCCUCCAUGAAGCAUCUGUCACACAGUGAUGAUGCCAGCUCCACCAGCUCUCAGGUGAGUGAGUCUUUGCAGCGACUGAAAACAAAAGAACAAGAAGAUGAUUUAACAAGUCAGACCUUAAUUGUUCUCAAGGACAUGAAGAUUCGGUUUCCAGGAAAAUCAGAUGCAGAAUCAGAACUUCUGAUAGAAGAUAUCAUCGAUAACUGGAAGUAUCAUAAAACAAAAGUGGCUUCAUAUUGGCUUAUAAAAUUGGACUCUGUUAAACAACGAAAAGUUUUGGACAUAGUAAAAACAAGUGUUCGUACAGUUCUUCCACGCAUCUGGAAGGUCCCUGAUGUUGAGGAAGUAAAUUUAUAUCGGAUUUUCAACCGGGUUUUUAAUCGCUUACUCUGGAGUCAUGGCCAAGGACUGUGGAAUUGUUUCUGUGAUUCAGGAUCCUCUUGGGAGAGUAUAUUCAGUAAAAGCCCGGAGGUGGUGACUCCUUUGCAGCUCCAGUGCUGCCAGCGCCUGGUAGAGCUUUGUAAACAGUGCCUGCUAGUGGUUUACAAAUAUGCAAGUGACACAAGAGGAUCACUCUCAGGCUUUGCUCCUGACUGGGGUCAUUCCAGGUAUUUACUGCCAGGAAGUACCCAGUUCUUCAUGAGAACACCAACUUUCAACAUGAAAUACAAUUCACCUGGAAUGACUCGCUCCAAUGUUUUGUUUACAUCCCGAUAUGGCCAUUUGUGAAACAGAAGGGAAGAUCGCCAUGGGUUAUGCAUAAUAGCAAUUCAUUUUUUUCCCUCAAGUGGAACAUGCAAAGAAAGUGACCAUUAAGUGCUGUUUUAUGUAUAUAUGACUUAAAUAUGUGUGAAAAUAUAUACACAUGCACUCAAAUAACAUAUAUAUUUAUUAUAAUAUUUGAAAGAAGAAUUAGCAGAAAAUUGAAGACUUAACCUUUCUGGAAAUAUAAUA